AUGAAUCAUUUUUCCAUCUGUGUGCUUCUUGUUUGUUCAUUUCUAUUCCUCUUUUCAAAUUCUGAUGCUGUGGAUGAUUCUGUGAAGAACUCACUGAUUCAGUUUCUUGCAAAGCUCAGCUCCCAAAAUGGCCAACAGAACCAGAAUCUGGGAUGGGACAUUUCCUCUGAUCCCUGUAAGGACAGUUGGGAUGGCUUGGUUUGCGAUGGACGAAAUGUUUCUGUCAAAAAACUGUUUCUUGAUGGGCUGAAUCUUUCAGGAACUCUCCAAACCAGCUUCCUCUGCAGCUCAGAGCCUCUAAUGGCUUCCCUCUCUGUUCUCAGCAUCAACGACAACAACAUUUCUGGAGAAAUCCCAUCUGAUAUUGAGAAUUGCAAGCAACUGACUCGCUUUCAUGUUAGAGGAAACAAAUUCCAUGGCAAUCUCCCAAGUUCUUUCUCCAAGUUAGUGAACCUCAAAAGACUCGAACUUUCAAACAACAACUUGUCCGGGGAAUUGCCAGAGUUGUCAAGAAUUUCAGGCCUCACCAUGUUCCUAGCUGAAAACAACAACUUCUCUGGAGAAAUACCCUUGUUUGAAUUCUCCAAUUUUGAGAGAUUCAACGUCUCUUUCAACAACUUCUCCGGCCCGAUCCCGGCCGCCGCCGGUAGCUACUUUGCAUCAAACAGCUUCUUGGGAAAUCCUCUGCUUUGUGGAGAUCCAUUGCCAACAAAAUGUCACUCCCUCAAACUUGAAGAAUUUAAACCAGAAGUUGAAGAACCAAAGCACAACAACAAAGACAGCAUUUUGAUGUACUCAGGGUACGCAAUAAUAGCUGUCGUCUUCACAGUUAUAGCCAUUUUCAUUUUCUGCAAAAGGAAGAAAAAGGCAAGCAAGGGGGAUUCAAGUAACAGAGUCGUAGCAGUAGAUGAUGAUGAAAUUAGCAACAAAUUCAGUGCUAAUUCUUUGUCAAGUGAAUACAAAACUAGUAAGCCAGAGUUUUCAAUGCUUUCAUCUGAGAGUGGAGGGAUGUCAUCAUCACUGAUAGUGCUUACAAAUUCAGUGGUGAAUGGGCUGAAGUUUGAGGAUUUGCUGAAGGCUCCUGCUGAGUUGAUUGGGAGGGGGAAUCAUGGGAGUCUUUAUAAGGUUAUGCUUGAUUAUGGGAUGGUUUUUGCUGUGAAAAGGAUUAAGGAUUGGGGGAUUUCUACUGAUGAGUUUAUGGAGAGAAUGUGGAAGAUUGAUCGAGUGAAGCAUCUUAAUGUUCUGCCACCACUUGCCUUCUAUAGUUCUGAUCAUGAGAAGCUUUUGGUGUAUGAAUUUCAGCCCAAUGGAAGCCUAUUCAACCUUAUACAUGGAUCAAGCCAUGAGGAGAGAGCAUUCCCCUGGAUGAGCAGACUAGAGAUAGCAGCCAGCAUAGCCAAGGCAUUAUCACACAUGCACAAGUCCCUACAACAAGAUGGAAUCCCUCAUGGGAACUUGAAAUCUUCCAACAUAUUGAUGAACUGGAACAUGGAGCCCUGCAUCAGCGAGUAUGGCCUAAUGGAGGCCAUGGCCUUCCAUAGCCAUGGCAGCAGCACCUCCUUCAGAUCAGACGUAUAUGGCUAUGGCCUCAUCCUCCUGGAGCUCCUCACAGGAAAGCUUGCAAGGGAUGAGAAAGGGGUUUGUUUGGCAGAGUGGGUAAAAACUGUGCUCAGAGAAGAAUGGACAGCAGAAGUUUUGGACAGUGCUUUAAUGGUGGAAGCAGCAAGUGAAGAGAGGAUGGUGAAUUUGUUGGUGGUUGCUGUGAAAUGUGUGGACAGUUCUCCCAAUGCCAGGCCGAGUAUGGACCAAGUUGCUGCCAUUGUUGAUGCAAUCAAGGAGGAAGAAGAGGAAAGCUCCAUCAUUUCUGAAUUCUGA